UUUUGCAUAAAACUUAUCUUACUUUCUUUAGGGCAAUACCACACCCUCGAGGCCAUGCGCACUUGGCAGCCCUUGUAAGCCACGAGUCCUAUAACUUCUCUCACAGAAUAGAUCAUUUGUCAUUUGGAGAGCUUAUUCCAGGAAUUAUUAACCCUUUGGAUGGAACAGAAAAAAUAGCAUCAGAUCACAACCAGAUGUUCCAGUAUUUUAUCACAGUUGUGCCAACCAAACUCCAUACAUAUAAAAUUUCAGCAGAAACUCAUCAGUUUUCAGUGACAGAAAGGGAAAGAGUAAUUAACCAUGCAGCUGGCAGCCAUGGAGUGUCAGGAAUAUUCAUGAAGUAUGAUAUCAGUUCACUUAUGGUAACAGUGACAGAGGAACACAUGCCUUUUUGGCAGUUCUUAGUGAGGCUCUGUGGCAUUAUUGGGGGAAUUUUUUCAACUACAGGAGUUUUACAUGGCUUUGGAAGAUUUGUAGCAGAAAUUAUUUUUUGCCGUUUCAGACUGGGCUCUCACAAAUCCGCAUCGGUCUCACUUCCUGAUGGCCACACAAACAACCACUUACCUCUAACUACAGACAAUAGCACGCAUUAGCCUCCUGAGAAAACUGUCUUUCUUCCUGCCUGAUACAGAAGACAAUUUUUUAUAAUAAAGAAAACAUUGUGCAAUAUGCCGAGACAGUGCUGAUGGGCAGCAAAAACUCAAGCCUUUAAAAAAAACCCCACAAAACAAACAAACAAAAA